GCAUUUCCGUUUCUGGCCUAGGUUACGGGCGUUUCGCAUCUCGCUUGAGGAGCUGUUUCUCGGCUGCUGCUGCUUUGGCGGGCUGGGGCUCCGGGAGACGCCGCCUACAUGGCCUCCCCUGUGGACUUCAAAACAUAUGUGGAUCAAGCUUGUAGAGCUGCUGAAGAGUUUGCAAACAUUUACUAUGAAACCAUGGAUAAAAGGAGGCGGGUGUUGACCAGAUUGUACACAGAAGAUGCCGCACUAGUUUGGAAUGGAAAUGCAGUAUCUGGGCAAGAAGCACUUGCUAAAUUCUUUGAAAUGUUGCCUUCUAGUGAAUUUCAAGUUACCACAUUUGAUUGCCAGCCUGUUCAUGAGCAAGCUACUCAAAACCAAACCACCGUCCUAGUUGUGACAUGUGGAACUGUCAAAUUUGAUGGGAACAAGCAACAAUACUUCAAUCAGAACUUCUUGCUAACAGCACAAACUACAAACAAUAACACAGUGUGGAAGAUCAUGAGUGAUUGUUUCCGUUUCCAAGAGUGGCCUAGUUAGAAGGCCGUGAAAGGAAGCAACACACAGCAACUUGCUGGAUUUGUAACUAUAUGGCAAUCUUGGUACAUGCUGGAUCGGGUAAGAGGAGUGGAAAAUGCCCCCCUUUAAAAAGUGACUCGAUAUACAGAGAACGAACACUGCAGUGGACUCUUCCUUAAGUCUCUUUGAGAUCCGCCAGAUCGCUUUGGCCGUAGCUGGAGCCAGAAUGAGAAAUGGGGAAGGUAUUGGUUCUCUUUGGGAUGGGAGUUUUGGGGUUCCGUGGCUCCUUAGUCUCGCUUCGCUUAGUCUUGCAGCCCGGGGCUUCCACGUGGCUGCUCCCUUUUUGUCUCGGGCCACUGCAGCCAUUGUCCCUUCCUCCUCCAUCUGUGGCCUGGACAGCUGCCGGAAGCACUUGCACCUGUGCAGGGAGGUCCUUGCUGUAACCACUGAAAGGUUCAGGGAGGUCCUUGCUGUAACAGGCAAAAUGCAAGAGGUAUUUUCUAAAGCCAUCCUCUGCACCUUUCCCCAUGGCUGGCCCUCCGCCGAAAUGUCAGCAGCCCUCCGCUGCCUCCCAGAGCGCCCGCGCGUCCCGAGCCGAGAGGCGAUCCAAAUCAAGCCGCGUUUUCGCAGGGAGGGCGUCCCUCGGCGACCGCUGCCGCUCCGCCUUCUGCACCCAGCCGUCGAACCCCGCACCGGCGCCGC